AUGUACUACUAAGUUGACGAAACAAAUGAUUACUACAAAUCAGGGGGAGUCAAGGUUAUAGUUAACGUUGAUUAAAAGCUAAUUAGAGACACUGUAAUUGAUUGCCUAGGUUCACUCUAUUUGAAGCCAGAUGCCUACACUGAAGAGAGAUUUUACUAUUAGUCAACUCUACAGAUCUAUCUUGAAGCUCUUGGUAUACCUAAUUACAUGAAAAUAUCGCCAUCUGUUGAAACUUUAUUCUUUAUUCACAAUAAGCAUAUUAUGACUAUUCCCUAUUAGAAUAUUCACUUUCAUCUCAAAGACAGAUAACCCUAUUCAUUUUAUUUUAGAGAACUUGUGGAUAGAAUUGUAGUUCAAAAAAAUGGAGGUCUUUGUUAUGAAUAGUGUGCAUUGAUGUAUCACGUGUAUAAAACAAUUGGUUUUGAUGUUAAAAUAUUAUUUGCUACAGUAACCAAGGGUCAUGAGCACACCUUUAAUCCAUAUGAAUUCCAGUCGCAUGCAUUUCUCAUGAUCAAAGUAGAUGGAUAGGAAUAUUUAGUUGAUGGAUGGUUUGGCUCUGAGGCACCUUGUUAUCCCUUAGCUAUUGACUUGGGUAAAGAUGAGUAAAUCAUAUAGAUAAAUAAGUAUAUCAAAUUCUGUUUAGUUAGAUAUGAAAACUAUUAUGAGCUUAAGUAAUGGUAUGGAAACUAUUGGGAGCGAUAAUAUGUUUUCUUUAGACCAUUAGUUUUCAAAGAUAUUGUAGAAAUUUAUGACUAAUACUUGAGAAAUAUUUACUAAGAAUACUAUAGCCCUAUUAGAGACAAGUACAUGCUAAUCGGAAAAUCUAGCUAAUAUGGUUUUUUCUAGGCUUUUAUGAUUCCUUCUGCUUAUUAAUUCGUUGCUUAUAAUGUCUCAUUUAUUCAUGGAGUGGCUUAUUAUAAGAAAUAUGAAAACCUUGAGAAGUUCAAAGAUGAAGUGUAUUGGGAAAGUGGAAUAAUUAUACCAGAUUUCUAUUAUAUUAAAACUGAUUCUUAAAUAGAAAAAUGA